AAUUAGAAUUCAUAGCAUGGCCUGAAGUGAUGUCUAACAAAUUGUCCAGUGAACGAACUAUUGCUUUGCAUUGGUUCACAAUGUCUGCAUAGGUAACUGUCAAAGGAAUUAUUGGGCUGUUAAAGCCUGAUAUGAAGUUGAGCUUAAAAUACGUUGGCUCGUUAAGUUGGGCUCGAUGAGCUCGUUCAUGAGCUAAUAGCGAGUCAAGCCCGAGCCAUGGUUUGUUCAUUGCUGGGUUGAUUCGCUUUGUGCAUGGUUUGUUCAGUGUUGGGUUAAUUCACUUUGUGCAGUGUUCUUUAUGUUUUAUCUCUCGAGCAUGCAUGGUUUGUUAACCAAAUGCUUUGGAAUAGCUCCUCUUGAUCUAGUUUCAAUUUUCUUUGGUUGGUCUCUUUUUUAUACGGUAACUGAUCUUUCAUAAUGCAAUUCAAGUGAUCAUUAAUAAAAAACAAUAAAUAUCACUAAAAACCUGCAUGGAUGGAUAAGAGCAGUUGGAUUUGUCUGUGGGAUGCGGAUAUUCCACCCAAAUUGAAGGUGUUUAUGUGGCAGAUCUUUGACCGAAUCUUGCCCACUACGGAAGCCUUGAUCCUCCUAUAAUAUAUAGCCGUUCUCCGGCUAAUUUUCUCCAUUUUGAAAUCCUUGGCCUCUCCUGCAUUGUCGCUAGGGGCAAUUGUGGAAAGUAAAUUGUCUUAGUGGAUCCCUUAUAUUUUAUUAUUCGAAAAAUCAGUAUACACGUCCCUGCAACUGCUCAAUAUCCCUUCGUCUACACCUCAUUCCAGCGACUCUCAAACGCUCAUUUUCCCUUCUUCCUCACCCAUACCAGCGACGCAUUCCGACGGUGCCGCUUCUUCCCAAUCUGCAACUCAGCCAUGCUUAAUCGCCCCUGCAACCGCUAAUUGUCCCUUCGUCCUCACCUCAUACCAGUGGCCGGCAAAUUCCAUAUCAUCGCGGAAUUAGAAUUCAGUGGUUGAUUCGUCUUCGCCAGUGACUUCCCGACUCUUCCCGAUCCUCUCCGAAUCCCUUCCAGAAGAGUUUGCUGGGUCAACCCGAGACUGCUAGGUCUGAUGCCCUUUCAGAUCCUUUUCGUCCUUUUCCAUUUUACUUGAUGUUGAUGAUAAUGAUGAUGAUGAUGCUAGAUAAUUUCAGAUUGGAAUCGGUCACAAGGGAUAAUUUUAUUGAUGUAUGCUUGCUUUCGCGAGGGUAGAAUUGAUGAUGGUGCUGCAUAUUUUAGGAAGAUGGUCGAUUCAGGGCUGAGAACGGACUUGCCUGUUUAUGAUAGACUGGUUGAUCAGUUGGUUAAGGCUGGGAAGAUUGACGAGGCAAAAUAGUUGUACGAGCUGAUGGUGAAGAAACAGAGGAUGAAUAAUGAGAGCUAUAAGUUCAUAAUGAAAGCACUAAGUGAUCAUGGGAGGUUGGACGAAGUGCUUCAAUUGGUCGAUGCAAUGUUGGAUAAUGAGGCUAUCAACGUGAAUGAGGAGCUUCAGGAGAUAGUGAAAGGCGAGUUGAACAAGGAAGGGAGAGGAGACGAACUAGACAAUCUUAUGGAAGAAAAAGCUAGGCUAAAGGCUGAAGCGAAAGCGAGAGAAGGGCAAAAAUUACCAUUGCUAAUCUCUUUCCACCUAAGAACAAGGAAGAGGAGACAGGAUCUGCAGAGGGAAAUGAUGUUAAUGCUAAUGAGGCAGCUCCUGCUGCUGCAGAAUCUGCAGCGGGUGAAGACCAACUCAUAGAGAAAGCAGAAUCUGUUGAUGCAGAAGACUCGAGGGACGAGGUAAGAGCUUGAAAGAUGGUGAAGUACUGUUCUUUGCCACCCCUUUAUCAAGCCAUGUUAAGGUCAUUCAUCUGAUUUUGCUAUAUAUUGCUGCCAUGUAAUUAAACAAUAGCUGGGAAAUGAGGUGGGAGUUUGAAUUCUAGGCGCAGUGAGUAGAAUGUGGUUACUUUGAAGGAUUUCAAUGUUGGAUGAUACCCAAGUUUGUAGUUGCGCCUUCUGUUAAUUUCUAUGUGCACUUCCAUAAGUUGUUCUGUUCUGCAAUUACCUGCUGCAUUUGGUUGGAUAUUGAUUGACCUUCCUUCAGCUCCUGAUCUAUUGCUACGGUGGCGAUUUGAACAAUCUAUGGUACAUAUAUAAAAUAUCUUUUUUCGGUACUUUUUAGUGCCAAUUCAUUGUUAUCUCACUUUCCUCUGUUUGGUGUUUCUCCUCUCUGAUAUCUCUAUACUGGUUGUUCUUCUGUCAGUGAAACUCCAUGGGUUUGUGCGAGCCGAACGGGAGCUUUGGAUUGGCUUACGACGUCAUCGGGGUCAAAGAUUUUGAAUCUCUGUUGUCUACGGGUCGAUUAAAAGGUGAGCCCUCUGGAUCAGUUUACCAUCCCCAAGUCUUCGAUUUGUUUGUCAAACAAAAAUUGGAGUUUUUGACCCAACCAUUGAUUUCAAUUGUCAAUAGGGAACAUGAAUCUCUUAUGCCUACUGUCGCUUUAGUUCUCAAUCUGUAACUGGAAACCUUGACCUCAUCUAUUGAUUUCUUUCUCAAGAGUUGGGCACGUGAUUCCCCAACCCCAAUUGUGGUUUUAGUACGCGAUCAGGUACUGGAAUUGCCGCCCUUAACUUACAUUACAAUAUUUCUUUGGUUCAUUUUGACAUGACCGUAAUUGAAGUUCUGUCCUUUCAAUUGGUGAGUUCAUUUUUGCUUUCAGUGAACCUCCUUACAAGUAAUAUUUACUUUCCGUUGUUUCCUAAUUAACUGUCUUUGCUUGCCCGUUGUUAGGUCUUUUGAGUUUAAUAUAACUUGACCCUGUUAGAUGUAGAUGUCUUCUAACAAUUAAUUUGGUUUUGGUUUUGUUUUGUUAGCCAUUGUUUAGUAGGAGCGUUUGAACCGAGAUUGUGUUGAGUGCUUUAACGAUUUUGUAAAUAGUGUAAAUUAUUGUUUCGGCAGUGCUUGCUUGAGCAAUUGUUUGAAUAUUAGACAGUGCCUCUAAAAUUGAUAGAAGUUAAUCAGAAGGUUGUCAUGCUCUAUGGUAUCAUUUCGGUAGUGCCCCAGUCAUAGGUUUCUUCGUAUUAUUUUCAUUAUCCAUAGUUUUGUAAUUCCUACCGCCAAGUUGUUUUGUGUUUCUGGAUUUCAUAGCUGAUGUGGGAGACAUAUUCAUGUCCAGCCAUUCCACUUGCAUUUUUGAGCUGUCAUGUUGUUGCAUUAUGCUGCCAAUUGUCCUGUUAUCAGUUUCAGAUAUAUGUAUGUUGGUUUCCUGAUGGUGAUUUCUGAAAAUCAGUAAGUGAUUCAAUCUAUGCCAAGGCGCGAGGUUGUUUCAGUUUUGUGUUGUAGAUAUAUUUGUCGGUUACGUGUUCGUGUCUCUGUUCUGCUUGAUCAAAUAAGUUUGAACUUGGCGU